AUGUGUUCCGCAGACAUCUUCCUCGGCCUCCUGGCCCUCCUCUUCCCGCCUCUACCAGUCUGGGUGAAGCGCGGCAUCUGCUCAGCAGACUCCCUGAUCAACAUCCUCCUCUGCCUCCUCGGCUACAUCCCCGGCCUCAUCCACGCCUGGUACAUCAUCGCAAAGUUCCCCGAGCCCGACUACGAGUAUGAGUCCCUCGCCCAGAACGACCGCGAGGGCGGCCGCGUAACCUACGUCUUCGUCCACGGCAACGGACACCAAGCCCCUCACUCCCGCCAGCCUCAGCAGCAGCCCCGUCCCUCGCCCCACCAGCAGGGCGGAAACGUGAGCUACGGCACCACGAACAACAACAACGACAGCAACAAGAACAACGCCGGAGCUCCCAGGCCGCAGCAGGGCGGUGGUGCCGGCGAGGGCAGCAGCGACGGCGCCGUGCCGCCUACCUACGCCCAGGCCGUUGCCGGCGACAACAAGAUCCAGACCCGGGACUAA